AUGAUCUGGGUCUGAAUCUUAGUUGCAAGCGCUGUUGUGAUAGGAUUUCACGCAGCUCUCAAAAUUAUAGGACAUGGAGAAGGAGAUGUAGCUCAAAGUCUGCAUCUUGUUCGAAGAUUUCAGCACUUUGCCACAGGAAUGCUGUUUUUAGCUAUUUACCAUUUCGUCGACCAAACACAAGCAAGAUGACUUAUUACAAUCCCCACAAUCUGCUUUAUUAUUUUCGAUAUCUGCAGAAGAAAAGUGUUUCCACGCCUAAAUGAGUGGUUUAUUUCACAUUGGGAGUGGCUUUUAAGGCCUCAUGAGCAAUGGGACUCUCCUCCUGCAGCAUUAUUUUUCUUAUCCCACUAUUUCUUAAAAAAAAAUUCGGAUUCUCAUUAUGAUAAUUUUUAAUUAUUUAAAAAUUUAUUUAUAUAAAAGAGUUAGCUGGAGUUAUGGUCAUAGUUUACCUCACAACCCAAAGAGAUAUUGUAAUUUUGAGCAUCCUUAACGUAAGCAUUUGCGAUCCUGCUGCUUCAAUUAUAGGAAUUCUCGUAGGCGGUCCCAAAAUCACAUCAAAAAAAUCAAUUUCAGGAUCACUUGGAGCAGCUACAUGCGGUACUAUAGCUGCAUUGAUCUAUCAUUUUAUAUCUGGAGUAGAAAUUAACUUUAUACUUGCAUUUGUGAUAGCACUUUUAUCAGAAUUAAUUACAGUUCCUUAUAUAGACGACAAUUUCACAAUACCAGUUUUUACUUGUUCUCUAUGGAUGGCAGCUAAAGCAAUAUUUUAUUAA